AUGGAGUGGAAAAGGAUAGUUUCUAAUCAAAUUAUGGUUUGUUAUGAUUUAUGUUUAUUCAUCAAGAUUUCACUCUCAUAUUCAUGGAUGGCUCUUUUUGCAAUCUUGUUGCUUUUUUCCGGUGGUUUCGGUUUUUCAUCUUUUCUCUUCACAUCUUUGGUAGUGGUUUUUUCAACUUUUCUCUAUGUUGUUUCAAAAUACAAAGAAGCAAAUGUUGAGGAGAAAUUAGUACAAGAAAAGUUUCAAGAAGAGAGUUUUUCAGAUCAAUGCGAACAACAAGAACAAGAACAAGAACAAGAAACUAAUGAUGAUGUUGUUGAUCUUUACGCGACAACAUCAUCAAAUUUGUUAUCAGAAAGCGAAAGCCGAGAAGAUCAUUUGUCGAGUUGCGAAGGAUCUGAAGAGGAUUGGAGAUUGAGAUUCAAAUAUGAGAAUGAUGAUUAUUACUCAAAUAAUGGUUCAAUCUCUGAUGAAGAAAGUCUCAUUGAAAUUGAACUUCCAAGUGGACAUUAUGUUGAUGUGCACAAAGAAAGAUGGAUGGAAUUGUUAUCAGAAUUCAAUGAAGUGAUUGAGGAAGAAAAUUUAAUAGAGAUUGAUAUAUCAAUGGGAUCUAUCAAGUACUCAAGGUUUGAAAUUAAAGCAUGA